UAUUUAGUUUUACACAAAUUUUACUACAGCGUGUAGUCCAUGCAUUGAGAAGUCCGUGCAUCCUAAAUGCCUCGAUCGGAAAGCAACCGACCGUAACAUUGUCGACCGGUAUAUAUACCUCAGUGGCAGUUGGGGAGCGAUCAAAACUUAUAUGGUGGCCAAAACCUUUUAUGAAUUCAUGUCAGCUUCAGCUUAAAAAAACGUUCUAUCAGGCCAUCAGGUCAUUACACCGCGUUCAGUUAUCAAAAGGCGGUAUAAAAUAUUCCAAGGACAUUUUUACUAGUAUAUACGUCCCUGGAUAUUCUAAAGGCAUGACUAAAUUAUUAUUUUUAUUUAAAAUCAUUAACGACACAUAAAGAUUAAUCAGAUAAUUAGUAUAAAUACUUAUAUUGCAUCUUUUUAAUUAUGCACAAUGUGAAAAGAAAGUUCAUCAGGUCAUUAAAAAAAUCAGGACAUUAUACCCAACGUGUAAUGAAAUAACUUAAUAUUUUUUUAAAUAAUCAUUUAAGACAUAUAAGAUUAAUCAAAUAAUAUGCAAAAAUUAUUUAAAAAACAUCAAUUUAAUCAUCUAAAACUUGGAAAGAAAGUUCAUCAGGUCAUCAUAGUCCCAUUUAUACAUCGGGUUCGAUCUACAAUUAAAAGAAACUUGAAUUUCCUCGGUCAAAAUGUACGCACACAAGCGUCUAAAGGCAAGUUUCAGUGAAUGUCCUUAUCCACCAGACCGACACCCGUUGCACGUUAGGAUUUAUAGAAAAGAUGCACUUAAACUGGGGAUUUCAGACGAGAACAAAUGUGUUUGUACUUUAUCAAUUGUUGCCAAGAGAUUGUACGUGGAAGAGAGCGCUCUCCACUCCUCCUCCCCUGCGGAUACACCCAUACUUGGGGAUAAAUACCCAUUCUCCCCUUCAGCUUCUUACACACAGGAUCAGCUAGAGAAUUUCACCGACCCUAUCUCAGAAUACGUAGAUGUCACAGCUUUCUGUUGGAUUUUGGAAGAGGAAAGCGAAGUUGAUGGUGAAACGGAUGAAAUUUGUCUUGAGUGUUCUGAAAAGUUUGCAUGUCAUUAUCAGAUCGUUGGGGACGAUGAUAUUUACGUGCGACAUUUACAUUUGUUUCCCAUUCUUAAAGUUGUUAUAGGUGUGACAGACUAUAUAACGUUUAAAUGGCUGCAGAAAAUGGACUUCAGUGCUGGUAUGGUAAAUGAAGUGUGUAAACGUGAUGUGCUCUUGAAAGUCAAUGAUAUUUUCCUGGCACCAUUUCCUGAACUAUUUUUUAAUGAUAAAAAAUUCAGCAUAGAUAUGUAUUAUCACAUGCAUGUGCUUGAAUGCUGUCCAUUACGUCAGGGGUUAAUGUCAGUUGAUACGGAGCUUGUUCUCUCAUAUAUUGGAGAUAAAACACCGACAACCCCAGAAGCUGAAUUUGUGCUUCAAAGUCCAACCAAAGCAGUCAAAACGCUAGAGCAUUUUCUGAUGUCAGACUUCUGUCAGCCUCUUAAACCGCCAUCAUCUCUAGACUUGGGUGCUAAGACAAUUGGCAUCAAGAAGAGUUCUUUUAGAUCCAAAACCAACAACAAUCUGUUCAACUUUGAAUUAGUACAGCAACAUGUACUAUGGCGGAAACUUUUGUGCAAAGUUCAGAAGAAAAUUACAUUUGAUCCAAUGUACAUCAUAGGAAUGUCCAAAAUGAACAUGCUACAAAGUGGGUUCUUUGAAGAGAGUUUAGUCAAAGUUUCCCUUGAAAUGACAAAUUCUACGGUCGUUUCCUACAGACUUGCUCUAGUGAAAUGUCUCUCGGACAGCAUUACUCCCAUGUCAGCUGUCAACACAGUGUAUGUAUCCCCAUUACUAAUAUUUAAUCUGCAGAACUCAUGUGGGAUGGUGUCCAAAAAAGUGCCAUGCAACCUUAGGAUAGAGAGAUACAACUGCACCUCUGGUUGUGAGCAUGAUGUGGACUUUGGAUCCAUCAGCUCUUCCUGGAAUAGUCAGAUCCCUACUGCAAAAGAAGUCAGCAUUUCCAUAGUGAUCUCCCCUUAUUACAGCCCCCGCCAGAUCAAAUCAGAGGCUAUCAAAGCAUACUUCAGAGUACCAAGAUUAUUAACAAAAGGUGACCUGUUACCUGUUCGAAGUCAAGAUGAUCCAGAAUAUUGCUCUGCCCUCAGUGACUCAGAAAAAAGGUUUCCCACUGUGUUUUUCAAAGUUGUCAAACUUGAUGGGCCACCGUCCAACUUUCCGAGUUUUAUAUGUGAUCACAGGUCCACCAGGGUAGUGCAGAUUGGGUCUGUACACAGUUACGUGCCCCUUCUGAUGACUCCCUACCUGUCCGUCCAGCCCUUGUCAUACUGGGACCAGACCUUCCACAUCCACGGGAUGAACAGACACGCAGACAAACUGGAGAUGUUGAUCAGACCUUAUCUACAGCACAGAAUGGAGUCGGUUAACCUGAGGGAUGUAUUGCCCUCUGUGAUGUUAACCGGACCAAGUGGGUGUGGCAAAACUACUGUUGCCAUGACUGUUGCUAGGCGCCUUGACAUGAAUGUCCAUAAAGUGAACUGCCACAGUUUAUAUGGGGAGGCAUCAGGGUCAAUAGAAGCAAGAAUAAAAAAUGUCUUCAAUGCAGCCAGUACCUUUGCUCCAUGUAUCCUGCUAUUGCACAGUAUCCAUGCAUUAGGAAAGGACAAGGAAAGGAAUGUAGAAGGUAUCGGUAGUCUUGCUGACCCUCGAGUGGCCGGAACCUUCAAGUCCUGUGUUGUGAGGCUGAGAAAGGAGUACAUAGAAUAUCCUGUGGUUGUCAUAGGAACAACCCAUUCCCCUGGCAACCUGGCAUCAGACAUCCAUGAGGCAUUCCUGCAUAAGGUGGACAUAGAAGUUCCCAAUGAGGAUGAAAGGGCAGAGAUUAUGGACGGUUUACUGCAGAAUGUGUCUUACUCUGGGGAUCUCUCGGGGCAGUACCUGGCUCAGAGGACAGCAGGAUUUGUGUUGGGUGAUUUGGUAGCACUUGUAGCUCAUGCUAAAAGAGAGGCCUACAGAGCAGUUCUAAAACACUGUAAAGGGAAGCGAGAGUGUCUGACUGUGGAGGAGGAGGAAGACAUUGCUACAGUGGGGACAGUGGUACAGCAAGAUCAUUUUGUGAAGGCUCUGGACCAGCUACAGGAGGCUCACUCAGACACCAUAGGGGCCCCUAAGAUCCCAGAUGUUUCAUGGGAUGAUGUGGGAGGUUUAGCCGAUGUGAAAUCAGAAAUCCUGGACACUAUUCAGCUUCCAUUACAGUACCCAGAACUGUUGGCAGCAGGACUUAGACGCUCUGGUAUCUUAUUCUAUGGUCCACCAGGCACAGGAAAGACACUGCUGGCUAAAGCUAUUGCAACAGAGUGUUCCUUGAACUUUUUAAGUGUGAAAGGACCGGAGCUGAUAAACAUGUAUGUUGGUCAGAGUGAGCAGAAUGUUAGAGAUGUGUUUGAGAGAGCCAGAAGUGCCACUCCCUGUGUCAUUUUCUUUGAUGAGUUGGAUUCUUUGGCCCCCAAUCGAGGGAGGUCAGGGGAUUCUGGAGGAGUCAUGGACCGAGUAGUUUCUCAGCUUUUGGCCGAGUUAGACGGCCUCAACAAGUCCUGUGAUGUGUUUGUGAUUGGUGCUACUAAUCGCCCUGAUCUGCUAGACUCUGCAUUACUUAGACCGGGCAGGUUCGAUAAGAUGUUGUACCUUGGAAUUCCAGAAGACAAGAACUCCAAACUUAAUGUAAUGAAAGCCCUUACUAGAAGGUUUCAACUAGAGAAAGAUGUGGAUUUAGAUGCCUUAGCAGAGAAAUGUCCCUCAAAUCUGACUGGAGCUGACUAUUACGCCCUCUGUUCUGAUGCCAUGCUCAACACAAUGAAGAGGAAAAUCCAGCAAUUGGAAGCAGGUGAAAGUGUCAAUGAGAAAGAAAUAUUAGUUUCACAACAGGACUUCAAUGAAGCUCUGGAAAAUCUAACUCCAUCUUUAACAGACUCUGAGAUACAAAGAUACCGGCAGCUUCGGGAUUCUUUCUCCAAUGACAAGGAUCAUCAGAUUCAUGACAAAUUAGUCACUGGUCAACUGCUCCCAGACAAUAUAGCUCAACGUGUUGAAUAUUGAAACCUCUCCAAUCCAAUCAAAUGUGAAUAAGAAUAAAUAUUUGGAAUGGAUAUUGGUGUAGACCAGUAUUAAAACUUGGGAACUAGAUGUCAUCACAGCACUUAAUUGAGACUUUAAAAUUGUGUUAGAUUUUCCACAGGUCCUUGAGUACGGGACCCUGGGGGGUCUUUUCCUCACUCAAACACCUGUUGGAAUUUCUUGGAUGGUGGUCUGCAAAGAGCGAGCACACACAUACUGUACUGUUCCCUCUGUAAACACAUUAUUUUAUUUAUGUUGUCUGUGAUAAUUAUGUAUGAUUCAUUUACAUAAUGGUUUGUAAAUAUUCUUUAAUGAUAACAGUGAUUUAGUUCUUUUAAAAGUCAUGUUUAAUUGUGUAUUUUGUAUCUAAAAAUAGUGAUUUACAAGAACAUGAAAACAAUGAUUAAACUUUU